UUAACAAGUACAUACUCGCUAAGCAGGAGGAGUUCGGACUUUGGACUCUUUAAACAAAUCAAGCAAAAGACGAUCCAAUCACCUCCCGACAAGAAUUGUGUACCGUAUUACGCUUUGAUUAUAGACCAUUAUUGACGAGCAUUACAAGUUUCAAGUAUUCGUUCGUUCACUCCCGCUGGAGGAAAACAAAACAAGAAGUCAAGAAAACGACGGCCAAAACCCAGCCAAAAACACCGCCGCCGCCGCCGGAAAGCACCUCCAGCUGGUGUGGAACCACCGACCUUUCGGGGAGUAUUGGUUACUCACUUUGGGAUAUUGCAAAGAAGAGUGCGAAAAUUUUGUGGCAUGAAAGCAGAGUUGGGAAGCGUCUGAUCUUACCUUCUGUGAGAGAGGAAGCAUUUCAAGAGUCAUAUUUGUACAGAAGGGAAUUUCGGAAGCGAUGAGGAUCCUUCGAUUUCUGCUUUUGGUUUUUUCUCUCGGGCUAAAUGCAGUUAUGGCGACGGCAUUCACUGGAACUUAUGGAAUCAAUUAUGGUAGGAUUGCAGAUAAUAUCCCCUCUCCUGACAAAGUUGUUAGACUGCUUAAGGCUGCAAAGAUAAAGAAUGUCAGGAUCUAUGAUGCAGAUCACAGUGUUCUAAAUGCCUUUAAAGGUACUGGGCUUGAAUUGGUGAUUGGACUUCCCAAUGGAUAUGUGAAGGAAAUGAGUGCUAAUGCAGAUCAUGCAUUGACUUGGGUCAAGGAUAAUGUGAAGGCAUUCCUUCCCGAGACACACAUUGUUGGCAUCGCAGUAGGGAAUGAAGUUUUGGGAGGAAGUGAUUAUGAUCUUGCGGUAGCGUUAUUGGAUGCUGUGAAAAAUAUAUACAAUGCCACUAAGAAGCUAGGAAUAGAUGAUCGAGUUCAGAUUUCUACAGCUCAUUCACAGGGUGUUUUUACAAAUUCGUACCCUCCCUCUGCGUGUAUUUUCAAAGAGGGUGUCGCUCAGUUAAUGAAGCCUCUUUUGGAAUUCUUUUCGCAAAUUGGAUCUCCUUUCUGUCUAAAUGCUUAUCCCUUUCUGGCUUAUACAUACAACUCGGAUAAAAUUGAUAUAAAUUAUGCGCUCUUUCAGCCAACUGAGGGGAUAUAUGAUGAGAAAACUGAUUUACAUUAUGAUAACUUGCUUGAUGCUCAGAUUGAUGCAGCUUAUGCUGCCUUAGAGGAUGCAGGCUUCAAAAAGAUGGAAGUUAUAAUUACGGAGACUGGUUGGGCUUCUCAUGGAGACCAAAGUGAGCCUGCUGCUACACCGAGCAAUGCAAGGACAUACCACUAUAAUUUGCGUAAGAGGCUAGCCAAGAGGAAAGGAACUCCAAUGAGGCCAAAAAGUGUACUGAAAGCAUAUAUAUUUGCGUUGUUUAAUGAGAAUUCAAAAGGUGGAGCAGGUUCUGAGAAAUACUAUGGACUGUUUAAAGCUGAUGGGAGUAUCUCUUAUGAUAUUGGGUUUCCUGGACUUAAAUCUUCAUACGCCAGUUCUUCUCGUGUCUCCUUCCAGGACCUUGGAGCUGGAAAGUGGUUUGGAUCCCAUUCCCUGGUAUUGGCGAUCUCAGCUCCGAUAUUAGUUUUGCUUUUCGGUUUAUAGCUUCAAUUGCUAAUAUAUCAACAUGAGAUUAAAAUCCAACGGUCUUCUAGUUCUAGGUAAUUGCUUCCAAUGGAAAUCAGCAUUCUGUGUUUUAGGAAGAUACGAUAUGAACGCUCUAUACCCAUUAACGGCUGCUGAUCAUUUUAUUUAUCUCAGCAGUAUGUGUUCACUAUUUGAAAUAAAAUUUUGUUUGUUUA